GAUGCCUGAGAGAGAUGUGACAGCCCUUUGCUUUCACUGCUCUCUAGGAGAGCAACAAGGUCUUAGGAGAGCAGCCCCCUUUGGAGAGGAUGAGCCCUGGGGAGUUGCCUGAGCCACCUGGAGCUUGCUGCUCUUGAGAUGGAGUUACUGUUCCUUUGGCUCUCCCUGAGUUUCAUUGUGCUAGUUGUAGAGUGGAGGAAUGGAACUGGAAUGGCAGGAGCAGAAUAUCAAGGGGUUUGCAAGCUGGUGGGCCCAGUUGCUGAUUGCCAAAGAAGACAGCUGGUUUCAGUACCCAGUGGCCUCCCACCCUCUUCGGUGGAGCUUCUUCUAGAUUCCAACCCCAUCAAGACCUUGGAGUAUCCUUCCCUCCUGCACUAUUCCAAUUUGGGGAGGCUAAGCUUAGAUAAUUGUCAACUGGAGUGUAUCGGCCGAAAUACGUUUCAGGGGAGCAGCUCCCUCCACACUUUGGCCCUGAGCAACAACUUCCUCUCAGUGAACUAUACGGAGUCAGGAGCUGCUCUCCGAUCCCUCCUGGGCCUGAGGAAGCUGGACCUGUCAGGAAACUCCCUGACUGAGGAUAUGGUGGCCGAGAUGCUCCUUAACCUCUCUUCCUUGGAGUCCCUGUCUCUGGCAAGGAAUUUCAUCAUGAGGCUUGAUGACACUGUCUUUCAGAGCCUGGGGAGACUGCAGGAGCUGGAUUUGCAAAAGAACUACAUCUUUGAGAUUGAAAGUGGUGCCUUUGACCACCUGAAGUGGCUGAGGAGGCUCAAUCUGGCCUUUAACCACCUCCCCUGCAUCGUGAACUUUGGCCUUACCAAACUUCAGGUGCUGAAUAUCAGCUAUAAUAUACUUGAAUGGUUCAUAGCAGACAGUGGAGAUGCUGCCUUUGAGCUGGAGACACUGGACCUCUCCCACAAUCAACUGCUCUUUUUUCCCUUUCUCCCUCAACAGAACAGGCUUCACACCCUGUUGUUAAUGGACAAUGAGAUGGGCUUUUACAGAAACCUCUACAAUGCCUCAUCCCCAAAGGAGAUGGAGGUCCAGUUCCUCCUCAUCAGUGGCAAUGUGACCAAUGUCACUACUGUCAAUCUCUGGGAGGAGUUUGCCCUGAGCAACCUCUCUGCCCUUCAUUUCCUGGACCUUAGUCAGAACCAGCUCAGGUACCUACCGGAUGGAUUCCUAAGAAACAUGACUUCCCUUUCCCACCUGAACCUUAAUCAGAACUGCCUACAAACACUUCACAUCCAAGAGAAUGAUCCCCCACAAUCCCUUUCUGACCUUAACCUCAGCCAAAACCAGCUCUCAGAACUUCGAGUGGCCCCUCGGCUGACUAGCUUCCUAAGGAACCUCAGGUACUUUAACCUUAGCUCCAACCAGCUUCAGGGGGUCCCCCCUGGCCUCUUCACCAAUACCAGUAACAUCACUACAAUUGAUUUGAGUCACAAUCAAAUCACUCUUUGCCCCCAUUCAGAAAAGGUUAGCCAAGCAGCCUGUGUUGAUUUCCAAAAUAUUACAUCUUUGAGGAGCCUCUCCCUUGAAAACUGUGGACUGGCAACCUUGGAAGAACGCACUUUCAGAGGGACAUACCUCACUCAUUUAGACCUGUCCAGUAAUCAUGGUGUUCUGUUGCGGGGAAUCACUCCUCUCCAGGACAUUGCCCCCACAUUACAGGUCUUGUCCCUCAGGGACACUGGCCUUCAUUCCAAUGGCACAGGGUUGGAUUUCUUUGGGUUUGGGAAUUUGAGAUACUUAGAUGUGUCAACAAAUUCCUUGACCAGCUUUCCACGGUUCAGGGGCAGCCUAGAGCUACGUACCCUGGAUGUUCGGAGAAACCUACUUACAGCCCUUCCUCAGUGGGCUGACUCUGAGCAACUCAAAAAGAGCCUCCGUUUUCUCUACCUCAGCCAGAAUCCAUAUGAUUGCUGCUGGCUGGAGGGCUGGGGUCCCCUCCACAGCUUGAAGACCUUGCAUGUUGUAGACUGGGGAGCUGUCACCUGUAAUUUCUCCUCCAAGAUAUUUCGUGUGGUAGAACUGUCUGAGGAUAUAUCUCGGGAUUGCAAGUGGGGAAGAGUGGACCUUGGUCUGCUCUACUUGGUACUCAUCCUCCCUACCUGCCUUACCUUACUUGUAGCCUGUGUUGUGAUCUUCCUGACCUUUAAGAAGCCCCUGCUACAAGUUGUAAAGAGCCGUUGCCACUGGUCCUCUAUUUACUGACCCUGAGGAGAAUGUAAUCUAUACAUAUGAAAACCCUUUCUAAGCUUAAAAAAAAAAAAAGCGAGUCAGAUAAGUGGGUUGGAUUAGAUAACCUCCUAUGUCUAUUCCAGCCCCAAAUCUAUUAUCAAUGUGACCCUAGGCAAGUCAUGGAAUCCUGCUUGCCUCAGUUUCCUCAUCUGUAAAAUGAGCUGAAGAAGGAAAUGGCAAACCAGUCCAGUAUCUUUGCCAAGAAAACCCCAAAUGGGGUCAUGAAGAAUCAGAAAAAACUGAAAAAUGACUGAACAAUAAGAACAAGAACAAACAACAAAUGAUGAGCCAGAUAACAUCUGGUGAGUUAGGGACUGGAUUAAGAUGAAAAUGGUUUCCAUUCCUUUAUCCCUCCAAGCAGCAUGGUGCAGUGGACAGGGCAGUGGACUCAGAGUAAGGAAUAUCCAGCUUGACUUUAGCACUUACUAGCUCUGUGACCAUGAACUGAGCCGCAGUUUCCUUUUCGGAAAAAAUGGGGAUAAUCAUGCCAACUAUACCUACCUCACAGGGUUUUUGUGGGGAUGAAAGAAAAUACUGUUUGUGAAAUGCUUUGUAGAGCCCUAUAUAAAUUCCAGAUACUAUCAUUAUUAUUUUUAUUAUUAUGGAUAUAGAGCCACAUAAAGAAUUUUUAUAAAAUAUAAUGGAAAGAAAUGGUCCUCUCUUACUGUGUGGUUGUUAUUUGAUUCAUGUUUUAUAUCAUUUCCUUGGUAAUGUUCAUGGAGCUGGGCAACAGAAGAGGGAUGGCUGAACACAAACCUUAU